CCUUGUUGUCACAUUAACUCCAUCUAAAGAAAGUUUCCAGCGUGCUGCUCUUGAACACACCCCCAGCCUCUCUCAGCGGUAGAUUUGGAUCGGACCGGCUACUAUUAGCAGAAAAUGGGGGACGACUUGGGCGAAGAGUGGUGGACACACGAGGGAAACUCAGAUGUAUCUGAAGUGGAGGCGGAGGAACAUCAAGAGGAACAGCCGACGGAAAAAGCAAACAAGAAAACAAAAGCAGAGAAGAGGAAAACGGAUACAAAGGAAGCAGUAAAGGCAAAGAAGAAGAAAAAGAACGAACAGAAAGAGUCUGUAACUCCUCAGAAGAAAGAGCCUGCAGAUGAUCAGACCCCUAAAGUCAAAAGAAAGAGGAAGAAGAAGAAGAAGACCAUCACAGAUGUCUUGUCCUCCACGGAGCCAAAGCCAGGCUGUCCCUCAGACCUGCAAGGUCUGAUCACACAGUAUUUCUCAGACAAACGGUCUGUGAUCGAGCAGGAGGAGCUUAAACUGCACGACUCCUUCUUCCUGUCCAGUAAUGACCUCACACACAGCCUGUCCUCAUAUCUGAAACAAGUUUGUCCCAAGUGGGCGAAGAUUCAAAAGCAGCACACGGAGAAGAGCUCUGUGGUUCUGCUCAUCGUGUGUAGCUCCGCUCUACGAACCAUCGAGCUCAUCAAGCAGCUAACAACCUUCAAGGGUGAAGCCAAAGCAAUAAAACUUUUUGCAAAACACAUCAAGGUAGAGGAGCAGGUGAAGCUGCUGCAGAAGGGAGUCACACACAUCGGAGUGGGGACACCUGGAAGGAUAUGUGCGCUCAUUGAGAAAGAGGGUUUAAACGUGUGUGCAUUGAGAUAUUUGGUUCUGGACUGGAACUGGAGGGACCAGAAGCUCCGGAGGAUGGUUGACAUUCCAGAGAUCAAACUGGACUUCAUGAAGCUGCUGGAGAGCGGGGUCCUGAGUGGAUGUAAAGAAGGCAAAGUUAAAAUCGGACUGUUUUAACUCAGCAGCUACACACUGAUGUUCCUCUCCACAUGGAGCAGCCUCUUCCUGUUUGCUUUCCCUUUGUAAAAGCUGCACCGAGCUCUCUACUAUUUUCAGUCUGUGUCAAAUGUGUGGUGUUGCUUGUCUGCUCUUGUAGCCUGAUGCGAUGUCCCGGUGUGCCGGAUUGAAUAAACAGACUCAGAAUGAAA